AUUGCGGCUGACGUAGCAUUCAAAAUGUCAGCGCCCGGCAUGUCUUACACCGGAGUUGACUUUAGGACUACUCUCUUGAAAAGAUGAGAGAAACAUCAAGAAUGGCCUGACAGUGGUAUCCGACAUAUAAGAAAAUAUGUUUUACAUGAUCUGGCUGUUCAUUAUGUCUUAAGGUGACCUAUUGGGUAAGGUUGGACGGAAACAUGCUCCCUGUAGUGAGACGGUGUGGUGAAACAUCUCUUCUAAAAUGGAUUUCACAGUCCAAAAUAUACAAAAGGACAGUACAAAACCACACAACGAGCCACAUAUUGAUGAGACAGAGGCGGAUGAAAAGAUUUCCUGUGUUCUCCAGCAGUAAAAAGACGAUCAUCACACGUGCUGACAAGGUAGCUGAGAGGUUUUUGAAGGAACUGGAGCUUCUGUAAACACAUGUCUACACAAACAAACGCAUGCUGAGCCCUGUUUUAUUACACUAUAUGCUAAUAAUCUUCAUUUUCACAAACCUGUUUACUGCAUUUGUAGAUUUGUGCUUGCCCCGGUAGAAAAAAAGACCCUGGUGUUUGUAGAGUGGAUGUCGUGUUGAAGAAAGUGUUUUAUUAUUAUUAUCUUUAAAGGACACUACAGACCUGUCUGAGUUCACCACUGACAGAAUCAGGAAUUUCUGCAUUAUCGCUCAUAUUGACCAUGGGAAAAGCACUUUGGCUGACAGACUGCUGGAGAUGACAGGUAUGAUACUUAUUACACUUUUAAGUUUGAUUUUUACAGGAAUGCAGAGGCUCUUUAUUUAGUGAUGAUACUAGUGUGUACUCAUCUCAGUUUAAAGUAGGGGAGAGUGGGGUAAGAUGAGCCAUUUUUUCAUAUUUCAGAUCACUACAUCAAGGCAAUCAUAGUUUUGUCUCUAACUAGUGUAUCUGCAUAUAUUUCAAGAUGUUGUGAAUCCCUGCAAACCAACAGAAUGAGUGUAAACAUAACUGUCUUGAUAAUAUAGCAUACCAAAAAAAGUGGUCUCCUAUGGUCAACUUCAUUCACCCUGGGGAGAAGCUUCUGUGGCUGCACCACUUUCAGAGCAUACAUCUCUCACCACUGAUAUCACAGCACAAACAUGUUUUAUUGAUGUCUUUACUGACUGUUGAUGAAAGCAUUGAUCCCAAUGAAUGUCAUGGAUAAACAGGUGCGAUAGCAAAGAGUGACAGGAAUAAACAAGUGCUGGACAAACUUCAAGUGGAGCGAGACAGAGGAAUAACAGUUAAGGCCCAGACUGCCUCGUUGUUUUACAACCACCAGGGACAGCAGUACCUUCUGAACCUCAUAGACACACCGGUAAGUGCUUGAGAUGUGAAGGAGAAAAAGCUUAGAAACAGGAGCUAGAAGAUAGAGAUGCCUUCCUCCAGUAUUUGAGAGUAGAAAAAUGUGUCAUGAAAAUUUACAUUAAACUGAACAAUUCAGCUAAAGGUUACCUUAAGAGAGCUAAACAGGAUUUCUGAAUCUGCAGGAAUGUUCAUGUUGACAUUUAUUUUAUUUUGCUCUCAUUGCUAAGCAGUUGAUGUGUCUUUCAACGUAAAUUACACAAAUUUUUUCACUUCUAGCACAGAUGCUAUCAUCACUACUUUAAAGAGAAUACUUCGUCUUUGUAAGUCAUUUCACUCUUGUGCUCUACCACAAUCUUAAAGGCUUUUUCCUUCUGCAGGGCCACGUGGACUUCAAUUAUGAAGUGUCACGAUCAAUAUCUGCAUGCCAAGGUGUCCUGUUGAUAGUUGAUGCCAAUCAGGUAAGAGCAAGAUUUCUAGCUUUAUUGAGUUAUUGUGGCUGUACAUGAUGCCUCUGAUUGAGUAUUUCAUGUUUUGUUGACAUGUGAAGGGGGUUCAAGCACAGACAGUGGCCAACUUCUACCUGGCUUUUGAAGCUGAGCUGACAGUCAUCCCUGUUAUCAACAAGGUGCAUUGACACUUCCUUUCUUUUGGUUUAUUCAGAUUUUAUUUUCUGCUUUUGUAAAAUACCAGUUUGCUUUUAAACCUUUUCCUCAGAUUGAUUUGAAAAAUGCUGACCCUGAGAGAGUGGGGUCACAGAUCGAAAAGUUGUUUGAUAUUCCUCGAGAGGAGUGCAUUAAGGUAAUCAGAUAAUAUGUACCAUCCUUUCAAGUAUUCAUCACCAGCUUGAAAUGACGUUUAUGGCAUUUAACUUUUUCAGAUAUCGGCUAAACUUGGAACAAAUGUCGAAAAGGUUCUUGAAGCAGUUGUGGACAGAAUUCCACCGUAAGAGGACUCUUUCUGAUUUUUAUCUCAAAGGAGCAUGUGAGCUACCAAAAGCUGAUGCUUUCCUCUCCUACAUCUUUUUGUAGGCCUGUGGCGAGAACAGAUGACCCAUUUAAAGCCCUAGUGUUUGACUCCAGUUUUAACCACUAUAGAGGGGUUAUAGCCAACAUUGCUGUGUUUGGCGGCCAGGUCAGGAAAGGGGACAGGAUUGUGUCGGCACAUCUUGGCAAAACCUACGAGGUGAAUGAGCUGGGGCUUCUCAGGCCAGAAGAGCACCAAACACAGGGGCUGUAUGUGGCUUUCUUUUCUCUUGUCAUCUCUCUGAUAUCAUUGUGUUGAUUUUUAACUGGUAGGGCUAAUAAUAACGCACAAUUGAAUGAUAAGUGGAUUAAUCAGUUAGUGGAAUAACCAAUAAUAAACAUGAAACUCUUUAAAAAUUCAUUAUUUAAGUUCUGAAUCAGAUAUAGCUGCUGCAGAGGUAUCUGAGUCAAAUGCCAUUCUACUGUAAUCUAUCUCUUAACUUCAGUAUAUAAAAGUAUAUUGUCCAAUGAGAGCUUUUGCUACUCUGACUGAUCCCUGUUUAGAUCUGCAGGCCAAGUGGGCUACAUUAUUGCAGGGAUGAAGGAUGUGAAGGAGGCCCAGAUUGGUGACACGCUGUACCACCGGGAGCAGCCUGUGGAAGCUCUUCCAGGGUUUAAACCUGCCAGAGCCAUGGUCUUUGCCGGUAAGACGUGUUUAUUUACAGCCGGUUGAUGUUAAAAGAUCAAAUUCCUGUGUUAACCAUUUUGAGUACCUCAUGCAUAUACCCAGAAUAUAACAGUAACUUUGAUUUUCCUGGUGUCAUUGAAUAUACAUUCAACUUAAAUGCAUGUUUUGUUCUACUUGAUUGUGCCACAAGAGUAGUCAGAGCUUUCCACAAAACAGAAGAGUUCUGAUGAGAACUCUGUCUUUGCCCCUUAGGUAUGUAUCCAAUGGACCAGUCAGAGUAUCAAGGCCUUCGCAGCGCCAUUGAGAGACUGACCUUGAAUGACUCAAGUGUCUCAGUUCAAAGAGACAGCAGCAUAGCUCUGGGUGCAGGAUGGAGGUGAGGACUUCUCCUAACUUUACAAUGAAAAAAGGUGGUGGGCUAUUUUUCCUUGCCAUAGCAAGGAUUUUGUUCUUCUCUUCAUCAAUCUUUAUUUACACACCACCAAUUCACAACAAAUGCGAAGAGAAGACACUUAACAGAAAGAGCUGGUCUAGACUGCUGCUGUUCUUGUUAUUGGGAUUUUGUGAAGCACUUGCUCUGUGAAAGGUGCUAUAUCAAACAAACUUUUCUUUCUUAGACCAAACUUUUCACAACAUUUACAUAGAGACCCAUUGUAAAGAUGGAAAAACAUUGAGUCCCAUCUUGGAAAAUUAGGUUCAUGGAAAAUUAAAGUAAGCAGACCUACAGUAAGAGCGCAGCAGUGAUUGCAUUUGUAAUAAUGGAGUUGAUUAAAAUAAUGGGGGCUGGAGUUAGACCAAUGAAAGCAAAAUAAUCAAAAAGUUCUACAUUUUUUACUAGCUUCACAACAGUGAUAGAAAUGGAGAGACUAGUGCAUGUAGCUGAAGCAGCUGGAGAGCAGGCAGGUCUAUGGCAGCAGGAUAUCUGCAACAGCAAUCCAGAGGAACCUACAGGAUGAGGGAGCUCAGGGACUCUCAGAAAAGACUGUGGUUAGUGACUUAAAGGGACAUGAUGAUUCAAAGUUACUGAGACAAACAGAAAGAAUAAAGAAGGAGGUGAAAGGUGCCAGUCCUCCUGGUAGACUAAACCUAUAGCAGCUUAACUAGGAGCUGACCCAAGUUUGUUGAAUUGAUUUUGAAUGCUACCCAUUUUCGAUUUACAGGAGUGUAAGAUAUUAGUGUCUUUUGCAGGCUGUGCAUGUACUUCUAGAUAUGUUACAUUAUUAGUAACUAGAUAGACUCUUUUUUAAGGAGGACUCUUGCUUAUGGAGUAUGAAACCAUAAACUUUAUAAAACCUGUUAACACUCCUGUCUCCCUGCAGGCUUGGCUUCUUGGGUCUUCUUCAUAUGGAGGUCUUCAAUCAAAGGCUUGAACAGGAAUACAAUGCAUCCGUUAUAGUUACUGCACCGACUGUACCCUACAAGGCCAUUCUCUCUUCAGCCAAACUCAUCAAGGUAAAAAUGUUUCCUUCAUUGGGUUUUCUGGUGUUACUGCUGAGCUGGGCUAGCGUUGUCAGUUAAUCAGGAAGAGAAUCUGAACUGCAGCAAAAAUGUUGUGCAUUAGUUAAUUUGGCUUUGGCCUCCUUUACCUGUAUGAACUUAAUUCAAAUCUGCAGACCACCUUAGUGCCAUGGUUUCCCUCAUUAAACUGCGUAGCUUUCUCCUCCUGCUGGGGCUUUUAUGUCAGUAUAUGAGGGCCAGAGAGAUCUGGCUGUACAGUCGUUUUGCUGCCUCUGCUGCUGCUCUGUCUCCCCCUGCUGGCACUUUGAUGUAAGCACAAGGAGGCUGGGGAGGAUUGCCUGUUGCAGUAGUUUGGGAUUUUGGGGGGGGGCUAGGGAGCUCUUAGAACAGAGCCAUACUACCAAAUAUAACUAAUGCAUGCAAGUCAGUAACUGUUUUGACAAAAAUGGUCCUGACUGGAAGACCUUAAAUGAUUUGCUAACCAUCAAAUUCUGUUUUCACCAACUUUUUACACAGCAUCCCAACCCUUUUGGGAUCUGGGUUGAACAUAAAUAGUAAAGCCUUGUUUUUUUGCCUUCACAGGAACACGGCAGCGAGGAGAUUACCAUUGUUAACCCUGUUCAGUUCCCAGACAGAUCAGUUGUGUCAGAGUAUUUGGAGCCUGUGGUACUGGGAACCAUUAUCACUCCAGACACUUACACUGGCAAGAUCAUAUCGCUCUGUUUGGUAAGAUCAAACUGACAUAAUGUACUGAAAAACAUAGUACGGUAUUCCACUGAGUUAUAUACUAUAACCUUAAAAAAUAUAGACCUUAGCAAAUUGAAAAAAACUUUGGAAAAGAAGUGUGGAGGAAAACCCUCUGCAGUAAAUAUUUAGGGCUGUUCAGUGUAAGACGUUCAAAGUCUCUUUAAUUUUCAGAUCUGUACAUCAGUUAAAUGAAUCUAGUAAUAUGAAACCCUUACAAAUAGACCGGCUUCAAACAGAAGCCGGGGCUCAGCAUAAUACCAGGGGGAAAAUUAUCAUCUAGACUGGAGGGCUCAACUGCUGGUUUACCUGUUUACCUUCUGAACUACCUUGAAUGCCCUGAUUGCUUUGUAAACACUUGCAGGACUUGUUUUAGAGUCAUUAUUUAUUAUUUUUAUGAUAACUGUCUUUUUUUCUUCAAGAGUCGCAGAGCUGUGCAGAAAAACAUGGUGUACAUUGAUGACCAGCGUGUCAUGAUGAAGUAUCUUUUCCCUUUAAAUGAAAUUGUUGUGGAUUUCUAUGAUCUUCUGAAAUCUCUUUCUUCUGGAUAUGCAAGGUAAAACUACGUUCAUGAACAUAAACUUUCUCAGCUUAUAUGCAGUGUGAGUGUAUUUUACUGCAGUGAAACACUUGUGGCUGACUUUAAAAGCGUGGCACAACUUUUUCCUCCACAGUUUUGACUACGAGAAUGCGGGCUAUCAAUCUGCUGAUUUGAUCAAGUUGGAUAUUCUGUUGAAUGGGCUGCCGGUGGAAGAACUCACCACAAUUGCGCACAAGUACUUCCUAUUUACAAACUUACAAAUGAAAAAAAAAAAAAAAGAACCAAACUCAAAUACUUUGAAUUAUUGGCUUUUACAUGCAGCGUAGUGUUUUUGGAAAUAAAUAUUUUAAUUUUCUCAGGAAGUGGAACACAGAUGCAGCUUGAGAGUGUGUUUCCCAGCACAGAUUAAGUCACUUAAAGAUCCCCAACUGUGGCCCCUCUGUAUGUUCAGGUGCAGCUCCAAAAACUAGAGUGUCCUGGAAAAGUUCAUUUUUUCCCCAUAAUUUAUUACAAAAAGUGAAAGUUUCAAAUAUUCCAGAUUCAUUACAUACCAAGUGAAAAAUUUCCAGACUUUUUUGUUUGACUCAUGAUGAUUGUUGCUAACAGCUCACAAAAAUGUAAAUUUCCACCAUCUCAAAAUAUUUGAAUAUGAGGAAACACAAAUCCAAACAGUGGGUUUAUAAUAUAGAAAUGUUGACUCCAUUUCCUAUAAAUCACUGCAUCAAAGCAUUGUGGCAUGGAGGCAGUCAGUCUAUGUGUCUGCUGGGUGUUAUUGAACUCCAGGUCUUGAUAGUUACCUCAGUUAGUCUGUGUUGUUGUUCUGGUGUCUCUCAUUGUCCUCUUGAUGAUAGUUAUUAUUGUUAUUUAUUAAGGUAUAGCUUUAUUAUUUAUUAUUAUUAUUUAUUUUUCAGAGACCGUGCAUACACCACAGGGAAGGCUAUGUGUGAGCGUCUCCAAGACGCCAUCCCGAGGCAGAUGUUUGAGAUUGCUGUACAGGCAGCGAUUGGAAGCAAGGUCAUUGCAAGGGAAACGUGAGUAUACGCUGAAGUUAAAAUGUAACAAGGUGCAAAUCAGUGCUUGCAGUUCAUACAAAACACUAAGAAUUAUCUUUGCUUGUAAGAUGUGCUAAUUACAUUUACAUACCAAAAGAAGUGUGACAUUGAUGUAUUUAUAUUUUUCAGAAUAAAGGCUUACAGAAAAAAUGUCCUUGCAAAAUGUGUAAGUGAAGCUUUUUAUACAAGGUAAUUAAAUCAACAAACAAUGACUACAAUUCUGAGAUUAUAUUAUAUGUGUGUUUUGAUAGUAUGGAGGGGAUAUCUCGCGGAAGAUGAAGCUGUUGAAGAAACAGGCAGAGGGCAAAAAGAAGAUGCGCCUUAUCGGCAGAGUGGAGGUUCCCAAGGACGCAUUUAUUAAUGUUCUGAAACGAGACAAAUAGACACUGACAGUGUGGUCUUCAUGUCAUUAAUGACAUGACUGGAAUCUAGCUGGAAGCCUCUGCUGUUUUCCCUGAAUAGAAUGAAGCUGAAGCUGUAAACUAUUGUAAUUAUACAGUUUGACAUGUAAAUUAUUGAGCGAUUUUACAGUGUUUGUAAUCUAUGUCAAUUAAAACUUGUAGAUGUAUUUGUGAAUUAUUGUUUUGCUUUAAGAGAACUGUAGAAGUCACUGACCAGGAGUGAAGUUUUAAGAAUUUAAAUUAUUCAGAGUCUUUUAAUCACCUAAUGAUACUGUAUUCAGAACCACUGUUAGGGUCAUGGCCAAGCUGCAUUUUGAGAAGUUUGUAAAUAGAUAAAAGAACCAUGGAAUGAAUAUAAAAUCUGAUCAAUGAAGCUGGUUUCAGUCCCAA